GGCCUGCUUCGAACGGUCACAUUGUGUUGACGCUUUGAUAAAUUCGCAACGAUUUCUGGCUUUCGCCCAAUCUUCUAGAGCUUUUUUCUUUGGAAAAGCGAGGAUAAAAUGACCAUCACCGAGCUGUGCAUCGAACUGCGUCCCAAUUUGUGCAGCGGCGUGGCCUUCCUGCAAUUCGAUCAAGAGCUCAACAAAACCCACGUGACGCGCGUAGUCAUCCGGAACCACAAUGUUUAUAUCUGUGAAAGAGACAAGCGGGAGCAAAAGUAUGAUACGAGUUCAUCGGAUAGCGACAGCGCGGACUUUGAAGAGAUGCUGCUCAUCUCCUACGACCAAUUCGGCAUGGACAUUAAGGGUCUAGGCAAUUUCCUCAUCACUUGCCACAACAUUAGCUUCCGCUUCAACUACAACCAGAUUGAUCUGGAUAAAAUAGAUGCUGGCGCAGUAGAAGUGCCGCUGGCACCGAUACUUCUUAACUUCCAGGAGAACGAGGCCAUAAGCAUUAAUUGCCGCAACUGCCGGGCAGAAUUGGUGGAGGCUAAGAGUUAUCGCAGGCUUAGGGAAUUUCCCAGUUGCGUGGUGGAUCCCAGUGAGUUCUUUUGUCAUAAUCAUGGACCAGCAGGUACGUCCGCACCAAUUAGCUUGGUGCCCGCCGAAACGGAUCUCUUUUAUGGCCUCAACUAUGUGAUCAUAAACUUUAAUGGAGAAAGUGCACCCUUCGUCCAUCGCGAGGAUCACGUGUACUGCAAGCGCUGCAUGCGUUUCUUGGGCCUGACCAUGUUCAAUGGCGCCGCCGCUCGUCUUUGGGCAGAUGCAGUGCGUUGGUUGCCCUCCGGAGCUGGGGUUAAUUAUCCAAAACGCCAUUUUUUCAAGAGCUCCACGCUGUCACAGCUGGUCAAGCGUCUUAUCCACUCGCUGUGGCCACAGCCGCUGCCCCAGCUAUGUUUGACUACCAGUCGCGCGGUGCUGGUCACCUCGCUGCCCAACCGAAAGAAACAUUACGUGUUCCUGCACGUCGUGGAGCCAGAGUUGCGGGUGUUGCGUCGCAUCCAUCCUGAUUCGGAUCGGUUGUGCUGUCAACGCGCCUGCAAAGUGUACUACGACUUUUUUGAAGGAAAACCUCCGCUUCUGGAAAAGUGGCAAGCCCAGCAGACUCUGCCCCAGAUGGAUAUCUCGCCGGAUAUGUUUCAGGCGCUGGUUAAGCGACUUCAUUUUAAUGGUCUUUUGAUUCCCCACGAAUGGCGCUUUAAUUCCAAGGAGGAAAAGCUGGAGCUAUCAUACUUCUUCUAUGAGAACGAAGAGCAGCCUGAUGGCGUGGAUGUCAAGCGGGGAGAUGAUGGGGACCCCUAUGAGACGGAUAAGGGAGGCCUUGCCAGCGAUAGCGAUGACUUGUACUCAGAGACGGAUACCGCUUCUGAGGACACAGGAAUUCACUGGCUGGGAAACCGAACUCUACUCAAGCGCUGCCCCACUCCACCGCGCUCUUCCGUCAAGAUGUCCACAUCCUCAUCGUCCUCCUCGGAGGAGGAUAAGUAAAACCUCAGUCUUAUUUAUACACCCCAGUUUAGCUUGUAAGUAGAAAGAUCCCUAAACCAUUGCUUUUGGUUUCCUUUUUUUUUUCUUUUUAAACCAAUCUUUUAAAAUCAAUUCCAUUUAUUUAAAAACUUUUAAUCAUUUUUUUAAUCGAACUUUCCAAUUUUAAAGAAACGGAAUUGAUCGGUUUUAAAGAAUUUUUGUAGUUGUGGAGAACAAUUUUUGAUUUUAUUACUUGACUCGAUCGUUUCGUAUAUAUUUUGAUAUAGAUUAACAAACGUUUUGCAACAAGUAUUAGCUGGAUAAACAAUUUCUAAGUGGUGGACAAUGCUUCCUUAUGCUAGCACAAAGGCAGUAGGUACCGUUGACUGUAAGGCCAAGGUCUAGGAAUACUAAGUAUUAGCCUUACAGCUCCGUAACGAACUGCGCAUGUAAUCAAAAAAUAUUUAUUGCUUCUGUUUACACUUUGACGUUCCCUAUAAUUUAUAAUUUAGUAAAAAUACAAGAAAGAAUCUGAAUAGAGCUAAAUAUUCAAAGCAAACGUGAAA